UGGCCCCGCGGCCGCUGCCGCUGCUGAGCCGUGCAGGGCCGAGCAGAGCAGGGCAGGGCAGGGCUGGGCUGCGCCGAGCCGAGCCGCGCUGGGGAGCCGCCGCCGCCCCCGACCCACUUCGGACCGGGAGCGAUGAGUGGAGCUGAUUUCGGCGGCGGCGAAGUGCUCGGGGCGGCUGGAGCGGGGCUGCAGCUGGGGGCGGCGGGGCCCGGAGCGGGCAACCCCGGAGGCGGGCACAUCCCAGAGGCGGAGCAGUAGAGCAGAGGCCUACCCCAGGCUAAAAGAAUGAAAAUAUGGGACUUAAGUUAUCCUGUCUGAAAGGCUUCAAAAUGUGUGUCAGCAGCAACAGCAGCAAUGAAGAGGCCCCCGUCUUGAAUGCAAAACAACUGGACGUCCCGGACAUCAUCGUCACACCUCCCACCCCCACGAGUUCCACGACGGGGCCGAGGAACUCGAGUCAGUCAGUGUGGCCAGAUGAGGUUGCAUCUUACUCCGAUGAUGGAGAGAUAGAUAUCGAACCUUGAGAAGACAAACCAAAGAUGUCAUGUCCUUGGCACCCUUCUCUGAUGUUUCUCUCUGAGGGAGGAAGACCGUUCUGUUUCUUCUCACACUAUGGCCUCGUACCUUAGCUUCUUCCUAUCUCCAGAUGCCCUGAUGGUGACAUGCCCCACCGGGUGAAAUCCGUUAAGUCUGUUGGAACAACAAAGCCAUUCACUGCUUCAGGAAAGUGGCACAAAAGUGGGGAAGGAGCAAGGCACCUUCCUUGACCACGUCAAACAAUGGUCAACAGCAACAGAAGCCUGGAGGAAGGGAGUCAGGCUCACUAGACCUUGCCAUUCCCUACCCUCAUCAGCAUGGAGAAAGAAAGAGGGAAAUCUAAUGCACUAUGGUGGUUUUUCCCAUAAUCCGAUGGGAGUUUUCUCCACUAGAAAACCACAUAUCUGCACCCCAUGGCAUGGGUGACGUGCCACCAAAAAAAAAAAAAAAAGGAUUGUGCAAUGUAGCUGUGAAUAAGACAUUACAAGACAAAUGGUUUCUUUUUGUUUUUUAAUGUUUUACAAGUAUUGGAAAAGAUUAAAUAUGGUCUAUAAAUUGAAGAUCUGGAUUUGGUGGGGGUUUUUGUGU